AUGUUUCCAUCAAGUCAUUUAAUGCAUCUGUCAUCAAACUACAUAUUUUGCAAAAGUGCAGCUGUAAUUCUUCUAUCAUUAUUAAUAGAUAUUGCAUCAAGCAACAAAAAUAAUUUUAAUUCCGUACAUCAUAGGACAAAGGAAGCAGAAACAAAAGUUAAUGAUUUAUAUUGCUAUGCUUGUGACAUGUUUGAUGACGAUUGCGUCAAUAUUAAUAAUACUAUAAUGAGGCAAAUUGAUUUGACCAAGAAAUGUUCACAAGAGGAACGAUUCUGUUCUGUCAAGAGAUUUAGUUAUACUAUGUCGGAUAAGAAUUCAACAUCCGAUAAAAAGUUAUGGACAUUGCAGAGGAACUGCACACAAAAGUGUGAAAAUGAAUGUAUAAUAAUUGGAGAACGGAUGAAGCUUCAUGCAUGCCAAACAUGUUGCACAACGAGUCUCUGUAAUGUUGGAUCACAUGCUAUUAGAAUUAAAUCACUUGACAUCAUAGCUACAAUCUUCAGCUUCCUUAUUGCAAUCUUAAUUAAUUAUAGCUGA